AUGGAAAAUAUUUCCCAUUAUGAUACGGAGAAAGAAGUGCCAACUGUCGACCAUGAUAUCAUACCGAAGCAAAUGGAAUCCACAAACUGUUCGGUAACGUCAAUAGCUUCCGUAUUGGACGGAGACAAAGAACCCGAGAUUCCACAAUCCGACCCGGAAGGACGUGAUGCAGAAAAGCAAGAGGAAAACAAUCAACUUAACACUACGCAGCCGCCGGUGGAACUUUCAAAGCGACAACGGAAAAAGCUGCUCAAACUAGAAAACUGGGAAAAGAAGAAAAAGGAAAAACGCCUGAAGGAAAAGGAAAAGAUGCGAACGAAGCGUAUCGAAGCCGUCCGGCAAGGACUGCCGGUUCGGAACGGACCAAGCCGUAAGGAGUUGAAACGCCAUAAACCUAGCUACACUGAGGCAACAAUAGAAAUUGCCGUAGACCUUAGCUUCGACCAGAUGAUGAUAGACAAGGAUGUGGCUAAAUGUGUGAAGCAGCUGUUACGCAUCUACACACUUAAUCGCCGGUCGGAGCGACCCAUUCCGUUGCACUUUGUCGGUAUCGAGAAGGGCGGUGCGGUCGAGCGACAUCUGGCACGCAACGAUGGCUACCAGCACUGGGACGUGCGGUUCAGCAGUGAACAUUUUAUGCAACUGUUUAAACCAUCCAGCCUGGUCUAUUUGACGAGCGAGUCGGACAAUGUGCUGGAUCGACUCGAGACCGGGUGUGUGUACGUGAUCGGUGGGUUGGUCGAUCACAACCAGCACAAGGGCCACUGUUACCAGCUGGCGCAGCAGCACGGUAUCCGGCACGCCCGUUUACCCCUCGCCGAACAUCUAGUUAUCAAGACGCGCACUAUCCUAACGAUCAAUCAGGUGUUCGAGAUAUUGCAUAGUGUGCACAUGGGCAAGGAGUGGCAACCGACGCUGUUGCAGGUGCUGCCGGCACGGAAAGGCGUAAUACCGAAAUCGUUGGAAGUGGCAAACGAUGAUCAGACCUUGCGAACAAUAUGA